GCAUUUUUUUUUUUGCAUUUUGACCCCUUCCUCUUCCUCGAUCUCCACGCGAAGGCAAUAGCACAGCAGCGGCGAAGAACUCAUCAGCGAGUAGUAGCCGCGCGAGGAGGCGAAGCGUGGAGUGGAGUGGAGUCCGAUGGAUCAAACCCAGGUGGUUGGCGAGAAUUAUGCAAAUCCGAAGACAUGCUUCUUCCAUGUCCUCUUCAAGGCAGGGGCAUUGGCGUUCUACAUACUGUCCGCGCUGUUUGUGAACAACUUCGUCAUUAUCUUCGUCAUCACCGUGCUCCUCGCCGCGCUUGACUUCUGGGUUGUUAAGAACGUCAGUGGGAGGAUAUUGGUUGGGCUGCGGUGGUGGAAUGAAAUCGACGACGAGGGCAACAGCGUGUGGAAGUUUGAGUGCCUUGAUGGAGAGUCUCUCGCUAGGAUGAACAAGAAAGACUCAUGGCUCUUCUGGUGGACUCUGUACUUGACUGCUGCUGCAUGGAUUAUUCUUGGGAUAUUCUCACUCAUCAGACUUCAUGCUGAUUACCUUCUUGUUGUUGGAGUUUGCUUGAGUCUCAGCAUUGCAAACAUUGUUGGCUUCACGAAGUGCAACAAAGAUGCCAAGAAAAAUGUCGCAGACUGGACUAGAACUACUCUCCUAUCAUCUGGUGUCAGGUCAACAAUUCAGUCAGCAUUCGGUGUCUAAAUAGAGGCCCCAAUGUUACAGACAACACUGUACAACUUAUGGAUAAGAUGAUGCAUUCUGCGUUUGAUUUGCCUAGUUCCCAGUCAUCUUUGUGCUCCCCUGAUGUCCUUACAUUGUUUGAUUUACUGUCACAAAAGAGGGUUGGUUCGAACUGGAGUUCAAGCUCUUAACUUUAGGUCAAGAUAUGCACACUAGUACAGUACUCAAA